AUGAAAAGACGAACAACAAAUACAACACUUCCACCGGACUUAAUAAACGAGAUUUUUCUAUGGCUGCCGGUGAAGCCUCUCUUGCGUUUUAGAUGUGUUUCGAAAACAUUGUGCAGCCUGAUUGAUAGCCUAGAUUUCAUCAAGCAGCAUCUGGAGAGAUCGACGGAGACUGAGACAAAUCGCAAACUGAUUAUCCAUGAACACAGACCAUACAAUAUCCCAGGUUGGGAAAGGCCUAAGGAUAUUUAUGCCAUCGAUUUUGAUAAGGAGCCCCAAGAACCAAGAGAGCUCAAUCACCCAUUUAAAGAAAUUAGGAUGCACACAACAAUCUAUGGUUCUUGUAAUGGUUUACUUCUUUUACUCAUAAAGAAGAGACUUGCCAUAUGGAAUCCAUUCACUAGGCAGUGUAAGAAGCUACCUCUUUGUCCUCUUUGUGGAGAAGGACAAAUUUACUGUGCAUUUGGAUUAGGAUAUGAUUAUGCUAGCGAUGACUACAAAGUUGUGAAAAUUUCAGGGAUUGCGAACCUAAAUCGAGUUUGGGUUUUCAGUUUGAAAUCCAAUUCGUGGAGGAUCCUUCCGGAUUUCCCUUACACUGAUUAUUCCAUAUCGAUAUCUUCCUCGGGAGGAUUCUUUGCCAAUAGCGCCUUGCACUGGCUUUUGCUGAAAAAAAUGGACCACAUGGACUACGGCAAUUCGUCAGAGAUGACAAUAGCUUUUGAUCUAGCUAAUGAGACAUUUUGCAUGGUCCUUCAACCUGUGUACAGCCCUCAACCUGUGUUCAUCUAUGAUUCUAAGAUCCAUUUGCAUGUUUUAGAAGGUUGCCUUUGUAUCAGCAAAAUGAAUUAUGCGGAAAGGGACUUUGAACAGUAUGAGUAUGAAAACUUCGUGUUGUAUGUUAGAGAAAAUUAUGGAAUGGGGUUUACUUGGAGAAAAUUAUACACCACUUUGCAAAGGGAGCUUGACCUGCAACCUUUGGCAUACUCAAAGAAGGGGAAUAAGGUUUGGUUAACUUAUAAAUGUUAUUGUAGUGAAAUUAUUUGUUAUGAUCUUCAUGAGAGGAAGACAGACAAAAGGGUCGAGAUUAAUAUUAAUGGUCUCCGACGACGCACGAACCUUUCAGUCGUUUGUUGGGAAAGUCUUGUGGAACUUGGUGAUGGAAGUGAAUUCGAUGGAGAUAUUUCUUGGGAUUCCGAUGAUGAUAGUGAGUGA